GUUUUUUCAUAGUCUUCCUGUUGAAAAGUUCAUACAUUUGAUGUGUGUAAGCUGAGGUAGACAGACAGUUUGUUCCCAGGAUUAAGGCAUAAUGGCCCACAUACCAGCUCUAAAACCAGCGGGGACUCUUCUGUUUUGGGUAUGUCUGAGUCUAAUGGUCACAACUCUGCAAUCGCUGCUUCCCAAUGGACAGAAACACACUGUGAGGCAAACUACUUCAACCCCACCGACAGCAGUUCUAACCACAACAAACACCACAGCAGAUCUUGGCCAUGGAGAGAGAAAAAUAUAUGGCUGUGGUGAAAAGGCGAUCUGUGAAGAUUACUGUUCAAUAUGUGUGAACAAUCACUGGAGCACACAGGAAUGCUAUGAAAACCUGGUUGACUGGUGUCUAUAUGUUUUUCAUAAAGAUAUGGAUUCCAUAAACAGUACAGACUGGUGUUCUUUGGAAAAAGUAAAGAGCGCCUACAACAAUUUCACUUUGUGUACCGAGACCAUUGCUGACUGUUUGCUGCUUCCCUGGCCUAACCAAUUUGUUGAAGGACAAUUCGUAGCAAUCCACAGCAACUAUUUUCAAACAUGUCCCACAGAGGCGCUCCGAGACCCCCCUCCAAGCAUCGUCCUGGCCCUAGUCAUGACCCCCAUAUGCCUCAUCCCUGUUAUGGUGGUUUUAGUUGUUUUCAAGACCAAAAAUGGAGACAGGAGGUCCUAGAGAAGAUUCCAAGUCUGAGAAGGGUUUUUUCUUAUUCCUAUUUGUUUCCUCAAUUGGGGACAUCCCACCUGUGCCUUAGGAUAUUGACCUGGCCCAACAUUCACACCUGAUCAUCUCUUAAUCAUAAUGGAGGAUGACGUCUGUUCAACUUAAAAUGCCAUGGAGCUGAGGAAGUUCAUUGAUGGUUAGAAGAGUGCAUUUAACUUGGAGAUAUCUUUGGCAUUAUGAUGACAGUCACAUUAACUUGCACACUUUAUUUUUUGUGGUUUUCAAGCUUGCAUUAUCUAUUGAAAUGUGAAAUGGCAAGAAUGAAGAAGUCAUAUUACGUACAUAACCAGAUGUACAAGACUAAAUGCAGAACCAUGGAUGGAUUGAGUGUCCACUUUAUGCACUGUAAGAAGUAUCUUAACUCAUGUUUUAAUGUAGGUUGUUGUUAGGGUUAGGGUUGGUGACAAGAGCUGUUUAGCUGACUCUGAUUAUAACGAAAUCUUUAUGAUUGUAUUUCGGUUUAGACACAAGUCAUAAUGAAUGACUUUGAAAAUGUAUUAUGGCAACUAUUGGGGAAUUAAAAGUAAAUUAGUCAAAUUGUGUGCAUGACAGAACAAAGCCAAAUGAGAAUUCUCAACCCUUUCAACUGGCAGCUUAUUGAACGUCUGUUUAUUUAUAUAAGUUAACAGCAUACAUGUGUCUGUGAAGGAAUCAAAGACACUGUUGAGUUGAGAGGGGAGGGACUAAAGGAAUGAUAAAAAAAUAAGUAUCUCGUCCCCUUUACUGGCAUCAUUAUUACUGUGUUACUGUAUAGCAAAGCUUUGCUUAGCAACAUUAUGACUGUAUUAAUAUACACUGUAAAAAAUUUAGUUUGUUGAACUUAAAAAAGUAAGUAACCUUGUAACUUUAACUUUUUGACUUCAUUCAACUUAAAAAUAUUAGUUGACUCAAAAAAGUUUGAAGGCAACCAGGUAACUUACUUUUUAAGUUGAACCAUACAUUUUUUACAGUGUAGUCACAUGAACGAGACUGACAUUGUGGAUUAUUUCUUCACAAGAAGUUGAUAGUUUUAAUUGAAGGAAAGCUAUUUUAAGCCUAUUGUUCCUACAAUGUAAAAAGUGAAAAGUUGGAUCAACUUACUUAAAUCAAAUUACUUAAAUUGGUAACACCUAAAAAAUGUAUGCUUUUUCAACUUUUACAUUUUCAACUUUUACUUUUUACAGUUUAUCUGUCUUAAAAGAGAAAACAAGUGAUUUUAAUGGCAUUUAAGGACUUUUCUGGACGUCUGAAUUAAGCACUUUGCGGAACCACUUUAAGAGCCUGUGAAGUAUAAUUUAAUACUUUUUAAAAUACUUUUUAUACCUCUUACUUUGUUAUUAUAUCGUGUUUUUACAUAAUUAAACUAUAUUUUACCAACA